AUGGCGUCCCGAGGCGCUUCUUCAUCUGGGCGAGGGCAGCGAGUAAAAAGACAAAAACCUGACCCGCCCGGUUCUACGCUCUCCUCCCCUGACUCACUCGAGGCGUUGAGGUGUCGCUUCGGGAUAUCCGAGGCGGUGGAGUUUAUCGUUCCAGAGAAGAACGACCGAGCCGACAAGCCUCCCGAGAAUCACUUCACUCUGUACGACGCGUUCUUCGAGCUCUGCUUUCUCUGGUUCCCGAUCCCCGGAGUUAUCCUUGAAUACCUCUGGAAACAUGGGAUCUCGAUUGGGCAGAUCAUGCCGAGGGGACUGCAGCAUAUGAUCGACAUUUUAGUUCGAAGCUUUGAGUGCGGGCUCGAUAUCGAGCUGAAUCACCUGCUGAACUUGCUGGAAAUCAGGAAAGCUCCGAAGGGAGAUAGAUUUUAUAUUUCCAACAAGUCCAAUCGCCGGAUUAUAGGCGGUUUUCCAAGCAAAGAUCAGUUUUGGACUGAACGCUUCUUCUACGUUUUCUACGUCUUGGUGAACGAGGCGUCGGUCGGCGAGGAUUACGUUCAAAGAACCAAGACCACCUGGGGACCACUUGUUCAGAGUAUUCUUCCCCCGAUUCCCGACGACCUUUUUAUCGUUCGAGACUCCCUUUCGGCUCGGAACGUUAAUUGGAGGAAAAAUUUCACCCUCGAGAGAGUAGAAAAAGCGCGAGCUAUUCUUGCCGGAAGAGGCGUGAAGAGGAGGAAGCCGCGAGGCGAGCCGCCGAGCCGUGAAGAAGAUGACACGGAGGCAAACGUUGCCGAGGCGGCCGAAAAAGAACCGGGCGACAUUAUUCCCGAGGCGUCUAGAGAUGACUCGGCAGCGCGGAGUAAAACUCCUUUAAACUCCGCAAUUCUAGCUCUCCCGAAAUCAUCGAGGCCGCCAACCUCGGUUGUACAGAAGCACGACCCUAGCCGGAAACGUUCGGCUGCUGAUAAGGGAAAGGGCGUCGCCAUCCAAAAGGACGAGCCGUCCAGGAAGAAACGCAAGUCGGCUCCCGGUGAUGCCGCACGCAAACUGGUCGUCGAUGACCCUGACGUCUCGGCAGUAAUGUUCGCGCGCGUCAAUAAUGCGAACACUCGUCUUCCUCCCCCAGAGAAGCUGAGGAGGCCGAGGUCGUACGGCACGAUGGCGCAGCGUGAUAGACAAGACUUUUUAGGCGCGUUUGUAGCGGCCAUCAACGAGCUGAUGGCUGAGUACGAGGCGGACCUGUCUAAGGUCGAACGUCGCUUGGACGAGGCCCGGAAUGAGACCGCGGCGUCAAAGGUGAAGCUGGACGAGGCUCAGAACGAAGCCGCGGCGGCAAAGGGGAAACUAGACGAGGCGAUGGCCAGGGCGUCCAGGCUGGAAGAGGAGAAGAUUGUUCUGCGCACCAAUAUUGACAAGGUCUCCGCCUCGGUCAUUCGCCUUGAGGAGGCAAGGAGAGCCAAAAGCGCCGAGGUGGCGAUGCUCAAGAGGCGUAUCGAAGCCAAGGACGCCUUGUUUGACGCCAAGGUCAAGCGAGCGAAAAAGGAGCCGGGGCGAGAGCUUACGGCUAAGUUUCAAGAGCGCCUCGCCAAAAUCAAGGGCAAUCUUGCGAUGAUUGCCGACCUGAAGAAGCCGGACGCCCCAACGCUCGAUGACGAGGAGGCGAAGCUGAAGAGCUGGGAGAGCGAGUACCCUGACGAUGAGGCGUAUGAGCGCAUUGCCUCCGAGAUUCGAGGCGAGCUGGUUUUCUCUCCCGUAUCGCCGGACUCGGUAGACACCAGCAUUGGCAACGAGCCGCUCGAAGAGACAGCGGCCAACCUGGGUGUCGUUGAUCCGACCGGAUCGAACGUGGGGACACCGGCUCUCUCGAACCUCCUUGCCGAGCGCGAGACGCAGUCCGUGGCCUGA